CCCUAUUCCUGCACAAAAGAGCUGAAUUCAGUAGGGCCGAGUGGUGAUCAUGAAUCUCCCGGGACUCUCACUCUGCUUAUUCAUACUAGGCCUAUCCUGUCGGACAGUGGCUCCUCAAAAUGUUAUGGUUGAAGUAACUCCAGAUGAUCCCACUGUUACUUAUGGUUCUGAUGUCACUCUUACUUGUUCUCAUGAUGAUACUAUCAAUGCUGCUAAUCUUACAAUUGAAUGGACCACUACUGCCAGCAAUACGGAUCUCAGUAGUGUAGCUAUGACUAGUGAUACCAGCAGCACGUUAACAUUGUCUAAUGUUGAUUUAUCUCGCACUGGAACUUAUACUUGUGAUGUUGAUGAUGAUGAUGGUACUAUUGAAGGAACUGAUUCUAUUGUAUUGACUGUUAAUCCUCCUCCUCCUAGGGAUAUUUCAAUAUCUCCUCCCAGUCCUUCAGUGGAAUACAAUAAUAGCACUACCAUCACAUGUCAAGUUACAUCACUAACUACUCCUAAUAUAACAUGGACUACUACUGCUACUGCUGGUAUAACCAGUCAACCUGUUGUACUUGCCUCCUCUCAAGGCAGUGAUGUGUAUACUAGUAGUUUAGUAUUGACUGGAGUUACAUUAGACAGUAUUGGAUCAUAUACAUGUACUGCUACUAAUCAAGGAGGGAGUAGUAAUACUACUGCUAUGCUUAAUGUUACUGUACCUCCUCCAUCAGUUUCAAUACCUGAUGAUAAUGUCACUAUAACUUAUGGUAUGAACCUUACUCUGGACUGUACUGUGUCUUCAGUAUUCCUACCUCUCACUGUUGAAUGGAGAUUUGGACAAAUGGUUAUUAAAACUAUGAACUAUACUUCAGCUCCUACUGGUCCUCUACAAGUAUCUGUUACUAGUGUUACUGGGUCUAAUGCUGGAGUAUAUACUUGUGUUGCUACUCAUGAUCAUGGGACUGACAGUGAUAAUGUCAAUGUCAUUGUUUAUGUUCCUCCUCCAAGUAGCCUCACCAUUACUCCUACCUCUCUCUCUGUUAAUCACAGUGACACUGCUACCUUCACUUGUACAGUUACAUCACUAACUACUCCUAAUAUAACAUGGACUACUACUGCUACUGCUGGUAUAACCAGUCAACCUAAUGUACUUGCCUCCUCUCAAGGCAGUGAUAUGCAUACUAGUAGUUUAGUAUUGACUGGAGUUAUAUUAGACAGUAUUGGAUCAUAUACAUGUACUGCUACUAAUGAAGGAGGGAGUAUUGAUACUACUGCUAUGCUUAAUGUUACUGUACCUACAUCUGGAGUGUCCUUAACUCCACCCACACUGGAGAUCUACUACAAUACGACUCUUAAAUUAAACUGUACAGUAUUUUCAGUUACUACUCCUACCAUCAAUUGGACCACUACAGCUAACAUCACCAUACCUAUUGAGAACAUUGUAACAAUGAACACUGGCAACAUGUACAAGAGUGUCCUCACUAUUGAUAAUGUUGAUCUCAAUUAUACUGGCCUGUAUACUUGCUCCUCUACUAAUCAAGGAGGAACUGAGAGUGAUGUUUCAAACGUCACUGUUAUUUUACCAGUUCCUACUGUAUCCAUAACAUCAUCACCUAUGAAAUAUGUGACUUAUGCUGAUACUCUCUCCAUCAUGUGUAACGUCACUUCAUUAAUGAGACCCUCCAGUAUAGUCUGGUAUCAUAAUGACACUUUGAUAUCAAGUGGAGCUCAACCUAACUUCACAGCCACUGGUGCUCCUAAUACAUACACUAGUGUAUUGGUUAGGGAUAAUGUGGUCCUUAGGGAUAAUGGAGUGUAUCGCUGCCAGGCUGAGAAUAUGGCUGGUAUUGGUGCCGCUAACAUUAAUAUUAGCGUCUUUGUCCCCCCACCAGUUAUACUUGAUCUUAAUGAUAUCAAUGCCACCAUUGGUCUCAAUAUUACACUCAACUGUACAGCAUCAGGUUUUGGUCUUACAUAUCAAUGGGAGCAAGUUCCUUGCGGUCCUGGUUGUAUAACUAAUGGAUUUGAGACUCCAAUACUGUCAGUGGGACCUAUUGUUUUUGGAUCAGCUGGGGAACAUGUUUGCAAUGUCACUGAUUUUAUAGGACAGAAGGUUUCAAAGAUCAUUACUAUCACACCAUUGGGUCCUACUUUAUUAUCAUCAAAUGUGUCAAAUUGUGCUGCCACUCCAAUACAAGUGAUUAAUGGAACCAAUGAGUUCCUGGAAUGUUCAUUCCAGAACAGACCUGAUGCUCCAUAUAACCUCACCGUUGACUGGUUUAUAAGUAGCCAAAGGUUUGGGUCCCCUCGGGCCAGUAAUGCUAGUACCUUUGUUACUACCACUCCCGAGGAUGAAAACAGGAUUGUCACAACAAUGAUAUCUUUUAAUCCGGUGGAUUAUUUAAACUUUAUCUCAGAAGACAUAUCAAGCUUUGAGCAUGCCUAUACCUGUACAGCUUAUAUUGGGGACUUCUUUAAUGAACAAGUAACGAGUAAUGGGACUUGUCUUGAAGGAUUAUUUGGGCCUGUUCUUAUAACAGGGCCUGAAGAGAACUCUACAGCAAUUCUUGGGGACAAGUUUAUGUUUAGAUGUGAUCCUGAUUAUUCUAACCCAAGACCUCAUUUACAAAUUAGCAAGAUACUAACGAAUGGAACUGAACUCAAUCUGUAUACUGGUCAAUCUAAGUUGCAUUCUAUCAUGAAUGUUGCCUUUGAUGAUGCUGGUAAUUACAGAUGUGUAUUGACUAAUGAUUAUGGAAGGACUGAGAGCAACUUUCAACUGAUAGUACAAAGUGUUCCUGAUCAAGUUACUGGUGUGACUGUUACGUAUUUGUCUUUUUUUGAAAUUCUUUUCAGAUGGAAUGUCCCUAGUUCUAAUUUUGGUCGUGAUCAGCGCUAUAAUGUUGAAUACAGAUUACUUCUUGCUGAAGCUAGUUCUUCUAAUAUAACAGGACUUACUGAUCCCAGCUAUCUUCUAACUGAUGUAGCACUUAAUGUUAACUAUUCUGUUGUUGUAUCCAGUAAUAAUGAAGUUGGUAGAGGACCUCCCUCAGAUGUUAUUACUUUUCCUAGUAUCAGUUCAGNUAAUGCUACUUUGCUUCGUGUCCGUACUCCAUCAAUAUUCAUCACUUCUACUCAGAUACAAAUAUUGUGGGAACUCCCUCCUCUCUUUAGACCAACUGGGCGGAGACCAGCUGAGAUAGGCCAAUAUGUACUUAAUUACAGAGUUAAUGGAAGAGAUACCCCUGUAUCUGUCAGUAGCAACUCGUUGAAUCACACAAUAGAGUCUUUGGUCCCUAAUACUGAGUACAUUAUUAAUAUUAAUGUGGAGUAUAGUGAGCCUCAAGGUUUUAAAGGGAAUACUGUUAGUAUCACUGCAAAGACUAAACCUGCAGAUAAUCUUCCUGAAGUUUCAACUAACCUUAGCUCAUCGAACAUCAACAACACGAUUAACCCGUCCAUCCAAGUAAAAUGGGAGCCUCUUUCCCCCGAAGACGGUUCUGAAUUCUUACAACGUUACAUCGUGCGUGUCAAUGUCACUGACCUUGCCGCCAGUAGAGGCUCCAGAAGACGCCGUCAGACAAAUCCAGUCAUGACCACUCUAGAGUAUAAUGUUAGUAAUGCAGAGAGCCAGUUUGAUUUUACUGACAUUAAGCCAUUCAUGUCUUACUCCAUUGGAGUUAAUGCUGCUCUCCUGGUUGAUGGGCUGGAGAGAGAAGUCCCCAUUACUAGACCAACUAGCGUGGACUCACCUGAAUCCACCCCUACUGCUCCCACUAAUUUCCGGUUCACUGAGAUCAACUUUACGUACGUCCAGUUGGCGUGGGACCCUCCAGAGCCACAAAAUGGCAUCAUAAACUUGUAUCAGAUUGAUUGGGAAAGAGGUGGUAGGGGAGAUUCUAUAAGAAGUAUAUUACCUGACAUAAGAUCUAUUAGAGUAUCAGGAUUGACUGGAGAUGUGACAUAUACUUUUAAGAUAAAAGCCCAGACAUCAGCUGGCUUUGGAAAUGAAGCAGAAAUCACUAAUUCGACUUAUGCUGGAGUUGCUCCAUUUGCUGCUCCUACGUUAGUUGAAAACACUGAGCACUCUGACAGGCUCAACGUCCUCGUGGGGUCUUUCUCUUACAGCUAUGGACAAUUGGGUAUCUACAAGAUAAUAGUCGUGACAUCGCCUAAUGUGAAUGGCCCAAUCCCCGAAUCUACUCUCUACAGCUAUUCUGAUAACUCGUGGAGGCAGUAUAACUACUAUGUCACUGGACUCCACUAUCAUAGCAGCCAGAACACUACCAUCACUAUUGGCACUGGAAGCAUUUAUAGUUUUGAUCGUGGUGCGAGUUAUCUUGAUGCUCCGUUUGAAUCAGGGAAGUCCUACAGGGUAUUUAUAAGGCUAUACUCUUCUGUUUCUGAUCCUGAAAAUCCAUAUCGAGAUAGUCCUAUGAGCAACACAAUUGAAAUAUCCACUCCGUUAAAUCUGGCCUACAUCCUAGUCCCCAUUUUUGUUGUCAUAUUUCUCAUCAUACUAGCAGUCAUUGCUAUAAUAGUAAUCUGCUUUGUCUGUAAUAAGAGGCAGAAUAGAAAGCAAGAGAGUUUCUAUCUUUGAGAGAUAUCAAAGACUGAAGCCUCAAUGAAGCAGUCAUCCAAUGGAUCACAGAGAACUCCAUCAACUACUGU